GCAGCGGGUUCAGAGUGGAAAGGUUGGCAGGAUGAAAAAAUGGCAGCCGUCGCGCUGCGGUGUUGGCAUUGACCAAAAUUGCAAUUUUUUUUCGAUAGACCAUCGCUCCCAAGUACACAGAUUACUUUAAUAUGAGGAAUCCCAUAGAUACAUUCAACUUGGAACGCGUUUAAAAGACCUUGAAGCAUGGCUUUACUGAAUGAGAUGGUGUGGCGGGUUUUGCACGCGUUACUCUAUGUCCAGCGCGCGCUGCUCGACUGGUUCCGAGUCCACAUCUGGAGGUGGAAACGGGCCGUACUGGGAUUGUUACUGCCCCUUGCCCUCGGCUUUCAUAAUUCGAAAAAGACUGGACCCAUAGGCAAACGGCCCAGCCGCCGGGUUCGCUGGGGAGCCGAUGGCAGGACGUUAGAGAAGCUGCCUCUUCAUGUGGGCUUAUUGAUCACUGAGGAGGAGAUCCAGUUCACGGACAUCGCCAAUCUAGUGGUCUGGUGCAUGGCAGUAGGCAUCUCAUAUGUCAGUGUUUAUGAUAAUCAAGGUGUCUUCAGGAGGAAUAAUUCUAGACUCAUGGAGGAGAUCCUGAAACAGCAGCAGGAGCUUUUGGGAAUGUAUCGUUCCAAAUACUCGGUGGAGUUUAUGAAGAACGGUGCAGAUAAACCGGAGCAUCAAGUGUUAUCUUUUCAGUCGGUGGUGAAGGUCUUAUCUCCAGAUGAUGGGCGGCUCAGUAUCGUCCAGGCAGCCCAGCAGCUCUGCCGGGACGUUGAGCUGAAGAAAAAGACAUCCCAAGACAUUAACGUCACUGUGUUGGACUCAUUACUCAGAGAGUCAAAGAACAUACCAGACCCAGACCUGGUGCUGAAGUUCGGCCCUGUGGAAAGCACACUUGGAUUUCUUCCCUGGCACAUCAGACUAACAGAGAUUAUCUCCAUGCCGUCCCAUGUAGACGUCUCUUACGACGACCUGUUUGGUGCUCUGCAGCGCUAUGCGAUGUGUGAGCAGCGGCUGGGCAAGUGAGGAAGAGUCCGCAGAGAGCAGAACAGAAGGAACUGAAUGAUGGAGGGGGUCCGUCCCUCUCUUCAUGUUUACAGUACAAGCACUGGAGCCUCAGCGCCAGCAACCCACUGCUGCUGCUCUUCUCUUCUCUUCUCUUCUCUGCCUGGAUCA